AAACAAAAAAUUUGACGUAUAACACGAGCAACAUUUUUGUUAUGCAAAUUUUCUCAUUAGGUUAGUAGAAAUAAGAACGAAACCUACGAACAACCCAAUUCAAAUAUGAUAUAAUAUUUGUAAUACUUAUGUAUGUAUGUAUGUGUAAUAGUAUAAGAAAAAUUUUUGGUGUCGGCUAGUCGACUUUUGAGUACCCUUGCAGAAUCUGCAAAAAAUAGUAAAAAUCAUUUGUAUACAAAACUCUUGUGAAAUUCAUUAAGUUUUUCUUAAAUACAUAUGAUAAAUUAUUUUCAUUUAGAUGGUACUCGAAAUGCCACAUAUAAUAUUAAUGUUCUGGGAUUUUGCAGUAUUUUUUGGUGCGUUUUUUCAUUACAUGACCGUUAGGCGCGCAAAAAUACCGCUAAGUAAAAAUGCUGGUAUUAAAUGACGUCAAGCGUGUCUCAAUUGGUGGUUGUUAAGCGAGGUGUAGUAGAUAGUAAGGAGUAGCUGGGAAAAAAAGUUGGCAACAUGAAGUGCAAAUAUACAAUGGAAGCGAGCACAAAAACAAAGUAUAAUGGUAACUGAACCAUUUUGAUCUGCGUCAAUCGCCCAUUCGGUUUAGUAUCGUGGCGGUCUUGUCCGCAUUCAUAUCGAGAUGACCCUGAUUCCACGUGUGUAUUCCACCCGUCACUUGCGUGUCGCGUUGUACACGCUGUGUGCGAUCUUGACCAUCAUAAUUUUAAUCAUAACAUGCCACAAAUGGCAGUUGGAUGGAGAGCCCAAUUUGCAGUGCUUCAUGGACGUCGAGCCAACAAAUCUCCCGAUAGUAGCCGAAAACGAAGUGGAAAGUAAUCUACCGAAGCCCUUGGGCGAUGUGCUACUCACACAACCGCAACCCACACCAGGGCGCAGCAUCUUCUUUCUGGAGACUAACUGCAUAUCAAGCACGAAACGUCAUCCACUUGAGCUGAAAGCACGUCAGGCCUGCGCCAUUGAGUCGGCGGCCAAACACAAUCCCAACUUUCAGGUGUUUGUGCUCUUCGCCAGUCCCAGAUAUCAACAGAAGGAGGGCGAACAGCCGCUGAUUGAUGCCAUAUUGAGCUAUCCCAAUGUGCAGCUGCGACAGUUGAAUCUAAUGCGAUUCGCUGUCGGCACACCCAUUGAGGAUUGGCUGAAGGAUGGUAAACUCUUCAGAUCGGACUAUCCCAUCGUGCACAUUUCGGAUCUGUUGCGGUUGCUCACGCUAUAUCGCUUUGGUGGCAUCUAUUUGGAUUUGGAUGUGGUGCUGCUGCGUAGCCUGGAGCAAGUGCCUCUGAACUUUGCGGGCGCCGAGUCGGAUACACAUGUCGCGAAUGGUGUGUUAAGCUUAGCACCCACUGACUUUGGUCAUCAGCUUGCCGCAUCGUGUCUGCGUGAGUUUCAGCAGCAUUUCAAUGGCGCUGAUUGGGGCAACAAUGGUCCGGGAGUCGUGACACGAAUGGCCAAGAGGAUUUGUAAAACGCAGAGCAUUGAGGUGAUGCAAACGGAUCCAAAACGGUGCAUGGGCUUUAAGGUCUUUAAGCGCUCCACAUUCUACGAGGUGGGUUGGGUGGAAUGGCGACACUUUUUUGAGCCACAAUACAUGGAGCAAACGCUACAGCGAACGAAGGAUUCACUAUUAAUACAUGUAUGGAACAAACACUCCCAUCAAAUGCCAAUCAAAGUCGGUUCGGAAACCGCCUAUGGCAAGUAUGCGGAACAAAAUUGUCCCAAAGUGUAUGCAGCCGCUGGGGAAUACUUCUAAAG